GCCUUCUCGCUCCGGGCAAGGGGCCAGAGCGCCCCGGGCGGCGCUGCUAAAACCCGCAUGAGGGGAUUAAAGCAACAGGAAACGAUCUAAUUCCUUCUCCUCCUUCCGCCAUCCGCUGCCUUUCGGGGGCAGAUUCCGUCAUGAAUUAAAAGAUCCGAGGCUGAGCGUGAACAGGGCGCUUGCUCGGGAUGGUGGAGGGCUGAGCGAGGUUUUGGGGAGAGAGGUGAAGGUCAGGUUGGGGUUGGAAGCCAAAAGAAAGCGGGUAUGGAGGAAAAUGGGGAUCCAGUGUGCGGAGCUGAGGGAGCCCCGGGCCCAGCGCUGGCAGCAGCGAGACCCAGGCCCAGGGCUGGAAGCGCCAGGGCAGGACACUGCUCAGCAGCCUUUGGGGUCACCACUGCAGCUGGAAACCCCCGUGACAGUCUUCUAUCACGGCUUUUGUAUCAGUAGACUGCCUGGUUUGCAGGCUUAUUCUGUAACCUGUGUCCUCCCGCGAUACAGCUAGAUUGGAUCUUGGGGUUUGAAUCGUCAUUAUGACUACGACAGUAUUUAAGGCUGUUUAACUGUUUGCUGAAUCAGGACCCUCUGCUGAGUGUCUCCUGUGGAAUAACAGAGUAUUUUUAUAUGUGACUUGGUUUUUGAAAUAGUUCAUGUGGGUUAUCGCACAGGAAGCAGCAUUGGAUAUGGGUGAAUUCUUAAAAGGUGUGAACUUGGCGUGUGUGCCUUCCUUCUGCAAAACCCAAAUUGUUGCAGUUUCUGGGAAGACUGGUGUGAAGUCUGAUGAAUUACUCUCUAUUUCCAAGAAAUGUGCACUUUCCUUUAACAGAUACCGAGCGUCUGUAUUCAGUAGUGUUCGAAGAGAUCUGUGGGCGUUUUGGAAAAUCAUAUACCUGGGAUGUGAAAUCCUUGGUUAUGGGUAAGAAACCCCUAGAAUCAGCAGAAAUUAUUCGAGAUGUUCUAGAUCUUCCAAUAACCAAAGAAGAGCUACUAAAUGAAAGUAAAAUCAUGCAGGAGAAGCUGUUCUGUACUACUGCAUUAAUGCCAGGGGUCGAUAAGCUGAUCCGUCAUUUACACAAACACAACAUACCCAUGGCUGUUGCCAGCAGCUCAGAUGAAGUCUCAUUUCAGCUGAAAACAACCAGACACAAAGACUUUUUUGGUCUUUUUCAUCAUGUUGUGUUGGGAGAUGACCCUGAGGUGAAGUGUGGCAAGCCACACCCUGAUCCAUUUCUGGUUUGUGCAAAGAGAUUUCACCCUCCUGCACCUCCAGAGAAGUGUCUUGUGUUUGAAGAUGCACCACUUGGAGUCAAAGGAGCCCUGGCAGCAGGAAUGCAAGUGGUUAUGAUUCCAGAUGAAAAUUUAAAUCCAGAUCUUAAAAAGGAGGCAACACUGCUGCUGAAGUCCAUGGAAGAUUUCAAACCAGAACUGUUUGGUUUACCAGCAUAUGAUUAAUGCCUAUGAACAUCCACUUGACUGGAGAUGGAUUAAAAGUGAAAUGAAAUUUUAUUUUGUUUUUGUGAUUGUUUUUCAUCUUUUACUCUCUUCGUCAAAACUAGAGCACAAAAAUCCCAUUAACACCAAGUAUUCUGCACAGUACCUUUGGAAAAUUGUCUGGAACGUUUAUGAUUUGUCCUCUUGAUAAAUGCUAAAUUAAAGCAGCAUCUCCCUAUGAAGUGAGUCCAGUCUUGUUCUCUGCACACCAUAAUGCUUUCUGGGAAUAUUAUGAAACUAUUUAGGCAAUUUAUUGUAAUUGCAUUGGAAGCUUCUGGUUCUGUUUCCACUUGAAUGACUUACUGUUUAGAUCUUAACCAGAAAUCUGUUCUAGAUUGGCUUUUAUCCCAUUACCUUGUUUUUGAUAGUUAUUGCUAUCAACAUGUUUAUCCACUUCCUCAUCCUGUACUUGUCCAUCUAUUCCCCUUGUAUUGUGUUGUCUUUUUAUUUUUUUCCCCACCUCUUUGCAAGGAUUUUUUUGUACUUUCUGUGCUUUUUUAUUAUGUUUUUUCUUGGAGAUUGAAUGAGAUGACUUAAAACCUCCAUUAUUCUAUAAUUCUCUCAUUAUCCUUUCUGACGUGGUGAUAGCUGGCUAGGAGGUUUACAAGCUUAUAUGAUCUUAGAAGUUAACCAAAAUGUUUUGCAUCUCGUUCCUUUCGUUUCCUUCUGAUUAUUUCAUUCUUAUGAAAUUAAUGCUUCCUGUCUCUAUGCUUCAACUCUAUGGCCUUAACUCCUUUGUAUCCAAAUAGCUUUUUGUAGGCUAUCCUUACUUUUCCACUCUUACCUCCUUUUUUUUUUUUUGCCAAUUUCUCUACAGAGAGCGUUGCUAUCUAUUUUUAAAAUGCAGAAAUUGAAGAUUUGGCUUCAAUAAAUGCUUAAAAUUUA